AUGACACUACUUAACAGACGCUUUGUAAAAGAAUUAUUGCCAACUGUACUUUCCUCUUUAUUUAACAAAAUCCACUUUUCUGUAUACUAUGUGCUUUCUAUCACCUUCUUUUUCAUUUUUGUAGCCAGCCGAAAGGCUUCCUCAGUAUCUAAUGGAACAACUGGGAAGGAUACAGUUGCAAGUCUAUUGGCUUCUUUAAUGGAAGUAGUACGAACAACUGUAGCAUGCGAAUGUGUUUAUGUUCGAGCCAUGGUAAUAAAGGCUUUGAUUUGGAUGCAAAGUCCAUAUGAAUCAUUUGAAGAACUAGAAUCCAUUAUUGCAUCUGAACUCUCUGAUCCAGCUUGGCCGUCAACACUGUUGAAUGACAUCUUACUCACUUUGCAUGCUCGAUUUAAGGCUACUCCAGAUAUGGCUGUUACUCUUCUUGAAAUUGCAAGAAUUUUUGCUACAAAAGUUCCAGGAAAGAUUGAUGCUGAUGUUUUGCAACUGCUGUGGAAAACAUGCCUUGUUGGAGCUGGACCAGGUGGAAAACACACAGCUUUAGAAGCAGUGACAAUAGUUCUUGAUCUACCACCACCACAGCCUGGGUCAAUGUCAGGACUUACUUCCAUAGAUAUGGUAUCUGCAUCUGAUCCGAAAUCGGCUCUGGCGUUACAGAGAUUAGUGCAAGCAGCUGUAUGGUUCCUUGGAGAAAAUGCUAAUUAUGCUGCAUCUGAAUAUGCUUGGGAAUCUGCUACUCCUCCUGGUACUGCAUUAAUGAUGCUAGAUGCAGACAAAAUGGUGGCUGCUGCCAGUUCUCGGAAUCCUACCUUAGCAGGGGCAUUAACUCGGCUCCAGAGGUGUGCUUUCAGUGGGAGCUGGGAGGUUCGCAUCAUUGCUGCUCAAGCUCUAACUACAAUGGCAAUCAGGUCUGGCGAGCCUUUUAGGCUACAGAUUUAUGAAUUCUUACAUGCUCUAUCAUUAGGUGGAGUGCAAUCUCAAUUCUCAGAUAUGCAUCUUAGUAAUGGAGAAGAUCAAGGGGCCAGCGGAACUGGUCUCGGUUCCCUGAUAAGUCCUAUGUUGAAGGUUCUUGAUGAAAUGUACAAAGCACAAGAUGACCUGAUCAAAGAAAUAAGAAAUCAUGACAAUGCAAAGAAGGAAUGGACAGAUGAGGAACUUAAGAAAUUAUAUGAGACUCAUGAGAAGCUACUUGAUCAAGUUUCAUUGUUUUGUUAUGUUCCGAGAGCAAAAUACUUACCUCUGGGGCCAAUAAGUGCAAAACUUAUAGACAUCUAUCGUACCCGACACAAUAUAAGUGCAUCAACCGGUUUGAAUGAUCCAGCUGUUGCUACAGGGAUUUCUGACCUUGUUUAUGAAUCUAAGAGAACACCUGCUGAGCCUGAUACACUUGAUGAUGACCUUGUAAAUGCAUGGGCUGCAAAUCUAGGUGAUGAUAGCUUGUGGAGCAAUAAUGCAACAGCAAUGAAUAGGGUUAAUGAGUUUCUUGCUGGUGCGGGAACGGAUGCUCCAGAUGUUGAAGAGGAGAACAUUACAUAUAGACCUUCUGUUGGUUAUGACGAUAUGUGGGCAAAGACACUUCUAGAAGCUUCAGAACCAGAGGAAGAUGAUGCAAGGUCAUCUGGGACAUCUUCUCCUGAGUCAACAGGAUCUGUUGAGACUUCCAUAUCAUCCCAUUUUGGUGGUAUGAGCUACCCAUCCUUGUUCAGUUCACGGCCAUCGGGCUAUGGAUCUUCAAAAACAUCGGAGAGGGCAUCAGCACCAGGUGCAAGCAGAUUUAGUGACCCUUCUGUUGGUUCUUCUGCAUCAAUGUUUGAGGGUCUAGGUUCUCCGGUUAGAGAUCCUCCAUCAUAUUCAGCAUCUGUUAUGCAGAGAUAUGAGUCAUUUGAGAACCCAUUAGCUGGGCAUGGUGCCCAAAGCUUGGAAUCACAAGAUGAUGAACCAAGUCGUUCUGAAAAUCGACAGUUUGGAAAAGCACUCUAUGACUUCACUGCUGGUGGUGAUGAUGAGCUAAACCUGACAGCGGGAGAGGAACUGGAAAUUGAUUAUGAGGUGGAUGGCUGGUUCUAUGUCAAGAAGAAACGCCCUGGAAGGGAUGGAAAAAUGGCUGGUUUGGUCCCUGUCCUCUAUGUUAGCCAAUCUUGAUGGGAAUCUUCUUUACAAGAAAUUUUGAAUCUCCCCUAUCUACCUUCUAUUACUAGUAUAUCCAAUCAUCCCUUCUUUCUGCAUUUCCUGGCGAGAAAUGUGAACCCUUCAAUUGUGACUUCUACCAUUAGCCAAGAAAAAAAUCAUUUUCACAGUUGACAAACUAUGAGGCCUUUUUCUCUAAACUAUACUUGUCAUUUUUCUGCAAUCCGAAUAGUAUGAAGUUGGUUGACAGAAGCAUUUUUCUUCUCCUUUUCCCCUCCAAAAUUCACAGCAAUUUCUCUUCCUUGUCCUUCCAUUAGCAUGGAGUUUGUAGAAUUAGUCAUUCAUUUUUCAGGGUUUCGUUUUCUCAUUUGUAACAUAUGAAAAAGUUCCUCUUUGUUUUUUUUCAUUUAUUUUUUGUGUAUUCCAUCUGUUUUCUUUUUUUUUUUUUUUGACCAUUAAUUUUCUGCCAUAGUCAUCACGGUAACCUAUGGCAGAUUGAUCUUUCCCAUCAACAGUAAUGAGUAUUGUAUUGAGCAAAUUGUAACCUUAGUUAAUAUAUUUCUGUUUUGGGUUGUUCAA